AUGGCAACCGAAAAGCAACCGCCGCGCGAGGGACCUAGGGAGACGCCGUCCCCCUCUGGCCAACGCACCCUAUCCCUGUCAUCUUCAGCCUCACGCAAGCGACUGCCGACCCUAGCAGAGGUCUUGGCUCGACGAACUUUGCCUCCUGUCGACCUGUACUGCUACUAUCUGUUCCUGCAACGGGAAGGUAGCGAGGACAGCCUCGACUUCUGGCUUGACGUGCAGCAGCAUGAAAAUCUUUGCCGCGCUUACUUCAAAGAUCUGAAACGUACCGGGGUGGAUGUGCGCGAUGAUUGGCCUGGAUACUACAGGGAGGCGCGUCAAAGGGGAAGCAUCUAUAAUCGAGUCAACGGCAUAGAGCAGAGGGGCAGCAUGGAUGAUAAGGAAGAACCGUGGGACCAGCCGGGAUGGGAAGCGGACGGUGGCGAGCUCCACAGGUCUGGCCCUCAGGGUUUCGGCGAGCGUGCGCCUGGAGCUGACGGGCAGGGCGACAUUGGAUCUGAGAGGCCUCAGAGCGGUGAGAAUCAGGACGAAACGAGAUCGCAACGCAGGAGCAACCUCGCGAAGAGGGCAAGCGUUGCACCUACCGUUCUCGCUAGGAAUACGGCAAUCAGCAGAGUGGACUUGAUCGCGUCGGCAGAGCGCAUAUAUGCGAGGUACCUGUUACCCGGAAGCGAGAAGGAGAUCUACCUCCCACCUCAACUGCGCAUUCCACACUUUCCCAUCUCGAGCACUCAACUGCCUCACCCACACGACGAGGAGCAGCAACGAGCUCUUGCACGCGUGCCGGACAUGUUUCACUCGCAGAAAGAGUACGUCUUCCGCACCAUGGAAGCAGACGUAUUCCCCCGCUUCCUGCGACACAAAGCCUUUGGCAAUUUGACACCCAUCUCUGCGCUGGUGCGCCUGAGCUUGGGUCUGCUGGCGCUCUGGGCAGGUCUGGCAACGGGUUUCAGCUUCAUCUUCCUGGACGUCGGCCACGUCAAGCGACUCUGGGUCAUCCUACCAUUCAGCGUCGCCAUCAUCUUGAUCAUGUCGCAUCAGUACGAGCUCGAUCCCUUUUUGGUCAUCGCGAUGAGGAGCGAAACGACGCCAUUCCACCUCAUCAAGGUCAAGGAGCCCUACGUCAAGCGGCUGCUCAGAAAGAGGGCUGCAGGCGUCCUACUCCUCGUAAUUCUGAUUGUCGCUGCUCUUACCGUCAUUUUCACGCUUGUGCCUGGUCACAGACUGUAA